AUGGCGGCAGUGAGUGUCACACCAGCAGAAGGCAUAGACAUGAGAAACACCACCUCAGACUUCAUCCGCCUAGGGUUGUUCGAGCACGCAGUACCCCAACUACUUCUCUUUGUGAUGGUCCUGACAAUUGCCUUCUCCUCCCUAGUGGGCAAUGCCCUCAUGCUUCUCCUGAUUCACUGGGACCCCCAGCUCCACACUCCCAUAUACUUUCUCCUGAGCCAACUCUCCCUCAUGGACAUGCUGCUGGCUGCCAUCAUUGUGCCCAAAAUGUCUGCUGACUACUUGACUGGCAAGAAGUCCAUCUCCCCAGUUGGAUGUGGGCUACAGAUCUUUGUCUCGCUCACAAUGGGUGGCGGAGAGAGCUUCCUUUUAGAAACCAUGUCCUACGACCACUACGGUGCUGUUUGCCACCCACUGAGGUACCACAUCCUCAUGAGCUGGUCAUUAUGCCAGAGAAUGACUUUGGGGUCUUGGUUCCUGGCAGCAGCUGAUGGGCUCAUGCAGGCUGCUGCUACCCUGAGCUUCCCAUAUUGCAGUACUCAUGAGAUGGCCCAUUUCUUCUGUGAGGUCCCCACUCUGGUGCGUUUGGCUUGUGCUGACACGUCUGUCUUCAAAAAUGACAUGUACAUCUGCUGUGUGUUGAUGCUUUGUUUUUCCCUCAUCAUGACCUCCUGUCUCAUCCUUUCUGCUGUUCUCCAGAUGUAUUCAGGAGAAGUCCUCAAGAAGGCUUUUGCCACCUGCUCCUCACAUCUGUGUGUGGUGGGACUCUUUUAUGCAGCUGCCAUUUUUACCUACACGAGACCCACGUCCUACAGGGUGGCCAACCAUGAUAAGGUGGUGUCAGCAUUCUAUACCAUCUUCACCCCUGUGCUGAACCCCCUCAUCUACAGUCUGAGGAACAGCGAGGUCAAGGGGGCCCUGAGAAAGUGUCUAGGUAACUGUGCUGCCUUAAGUCAUGACUAA